AUGUCAGCGACUGAUGCGCCCCAGAAGCGCAAGCAACCAUCUCCAGCGCCAGCCUCAUCAAAGAAGCCGCGCACCCAAGAACCCCCCAACUCCCUAAUAGGCCCUCACGAAGCCACCCUCAAGCAACUCGCGCCCGCGCACAACGUCCUCGCCCUCUCUGUCCUCUCGUCCACGCAGAUCCGCAAGCGAGUAACGAGCGCGACUUCGCAUCUCCUCCAGAAGGCCUCGGCCUCACGGAUAGUCCUGCUUCAUGCGCGGCCAGCAGAUGUCUGCAAGAUGAUUACUGUGGCGGAGCAGUGCAAGAGAGUGCUUGGGGAACAAGGCCAGGCGUGGUACCAGUACAACGAGCUGUUCGACUUGCCUCCAGAGAGCGUGAAGAGGAAGAAGAAGAAGGCCGCGUCGGACAAGGUGGAAGCGGAAGAGGAAGUUGAAGAGGAUCCCGACAGCGAUGAGGGUGCCUUUGAGGCCAUGGAAAGCCGAUUUGAAAAAGCCGUCUUGCCGCCGCCACGAGUUCGAACGUACAAGUCUUUGAGGAUAUUCCUUUCAAAUCAGGCGAUCUCGGAACUCAAUUCGAGAGAAAACGUAACGAUACAAACGAGCGAAGACACGUCAUGAUACGAAGAUUGUGGCGAUGGGCGGACAAUGGGCGAUUUCACUUCCCUUGAUCUGGAAACGGGAUGCUCUGAAUCAUAUUGCAGCAAAUGAUACCCUAGCUUUGAACAAAAUUUUCUAAUCAAUUAUUACUAUCGCCAGUUCGAUACCC